AUGGGGGUUGGUUUUCUAUGGGGGGGGGGGGGGGGGGGGGGGUGGGGGGGGGGGUUGAGGGGAAGGGUUUAUUGGGGGGUUGGGGGGGUGGGGGGGGGGAUGGGGGCAAUUAUUGGGUGGUUUUGGCAUAUGAUUGGAAAGCUGGAGCCCCUGUCACAGUUUGAAAUUCACCAAAGGCAGUCGCUCAAGCCCCUGCCCUGCAAACUGGAGGUGGAAAAAGCUCCAGCUGCUCCAGUGGAAGCGGCUGGUGCACCCAGGCAGCAGACUCCCUCUCUGUGCCUCCCAGCCAGCACUGUGACCUCAGUGGGGAGUGGGCCAUGA